CUAUGUGUCAGUUGAAAUGAACUAUGCAAACAUUGAAUUGCCCUGUUCGAAUGUGGCUUCCUUAAUUGUUUAAACGUUGGGCCAGUUUGUUCAAAUGCACAUUGUUCUACCUUGAACAAUGCUCUGUCCUAGUUUGUAUGUUCAAACGCAGACAUUGUGAUCGUGUGCUGGGCAGAGCUUGUGGAGGAUAAAGUCAAAGUGAGAGACUGGACAGAAGUGGAUAGCGAAUUGCUCAGUGUUAGAGCAGAUGGCCUUUUAUUGAAGGCUCUUGAGUAUGUGGCUUGCAGAUCUGGUGAUUCUGCAGAAAAUAUAUGCGGUUUCUAUUACUAUUCGUAUUGUGCUUGGUUUUAUGUUGCUCGCCCUCAUAUGGAGGUUUGAUUUCCCACCCUUCAUGGUGCUGAUCAUUGCCAUCAUCAAUGAUGGUACCAUCAUGACAAUAUCAAAGGAUAGGGUGAAACCAUCUCCUCAGCUUGAUAGCUGGAAGCUGGCAGAAAUUUUUGUAACUGGAGUCAUUCUUGGUGGUUACUUGGCCAUGAUGACAGUCAUUUUCUUCUGGGCAGCAUACAAGACAAACUUUUUUCCUCGUAUAUUUGGGGUUUCAACUCUUGAAGCAACAGCUCAUGAUGACUUCAGGAAGCUUGCAUCAGCAAUAUACUUGCAAGUGAGUAUCAUCAGUCAGGCCCUAAUAUUUGUGACACGUUCUAGGAGUUGGUCUUUCGUUGAACGUCCUGGCCUUUUGCUAGUGGUGGCUUUUGUUGUUGCUCAGUUGGUUGCUACACUGACAAUAGAGGAUUGAUUUCAAUUCCUUUUUGUGAAAUCAAGAGAUCAGUUGGCUGAUGUUUUCAAUAAAGGUUUUUGUAGUAGGAUUUUUUUACCAUUGUUUAUGCUUAGUGUUGGUUAGUAGUAGCUUGAGGCAUAAUUGUGUACUUUGGAUCACUUCAAUAUAAAUGCUUUUGUUUAUUGUAGGGAACCUUAAUUUUGGGUCUCUUAUUAGCCAUGUUUACAUUUACCAUUGUGAUUCCCCCUUACUUAUUUUGCAUCCCUUUUUUGUUUCCAUUGAUUUUGUGGCUUGAUUUUCAUUGUUGUUGGUUCUGUUUCAGUAACCUAUGGAGGACUA